UUUAUCUCCUUGUAUGCUGCAAAUACGUUUGUUACCCAAAGCCUAUAUUAAAUGCAUUCCCCAUCCAAUAAGUCAGCGUAUGAGGCGUUGGGACCAUUCGAUGGCCCGCAAUGGCCUCACAUUGCCCCUCGCAGCACCUUUAUGAUGAUUGCUGUGCUCAUGGGCAUAGUGGUUUUCUUGGCAUUCAUUGUCAAUGGCCUAGUUAUAGUAGUCACCAUCCGAUACAAGAAGCUGAGAUCCCCUCUAAAUUAUAUUUUGGUUAACCUCUCAGUUGCCAACCUUCUAGUCACAAUAUUUGGCAGCAGUGUUAGCUUCUUCAACAAUGUGAUUGGAUACUUCAAACUGGGCAAGACAAUGUGCGAAUUUGAAGGCUUCAUGGUUUCCCUAACAGGUAUUGUAGGUCUUUGGUCUCUGGCAAUUUUGGCCUUUGAGAGGUAUUUGGUAAUCUGCAAACCCAUGGGGGAUUUCCGCUUCCAGCAGCGACACGCAGUCCUUGGGUGCGCUUUCACUUGGGUCUGGUCUUUCAUUUGGACAUGUCCACCUCUUUUUGGAUGGUGCAGCUAUGUUCCUGAAGGACUGCGGACAUCUUGUGGACCCAAUUGGUACUCCGGUGGUAGUAAUAACAACAGUUAUAUCAUGGCAUUAUUUACAACAUGCUUUAUCAUGCCUUUAAGUACCAUCAUUUUUUCCUAUUCAAACCUGUUAAUGGCACUGAGAGCUGUAGCAGCACAGCAGAAAGAUUCAGAAACAACUCAGCGGGCUGAGCGAGAAGUAACCAGGAUGGUUAUUGCCAUGGUGCUAGCAUUCCUUAUCUGCUGGUGUCCCUAUGCUGCCUUUGCCAUGGUGGUAGCAUCCAAUAAGGACAUUGUAAUUGAACCCACAUUAGCCUCAAUGCCUUCAUACUUCUCAAAAACUGCCACUGUGUACAAUCCAGUUAUCUACGUCUUCAUGAAUAAGCAGUUCCGAAAUUGUUUAAUGAGCAUUUUGUGUUGUGGACGCAACCCGUUUGGAGAUGAUGAGUCAAGUACAGUAAGUGGUCGUACAGAUGUCACUUCAGUGUCUGAAGGUGGUGGAAAUAAAGUCACACCAGCAUAAGCCUACUGAUCUCCAGUUCCAGACUACCAAAAAUCCUUUAGAAGAAGACAGAAAAAGUGUUGUUUUUCUUUUCUAAUUAUUGCAAUAAAGCAGUAUUUGCAUUAUA